AUGGAGAUGUUUGGUUUGUUGAGGCAACAUGGAGGCCGCCUGCUGGUGCUGGAAGGUGGCUCCCUUCAUUUGGAUGAAGGUGUUCGAAAGGCACAUCAGCUUUGUGCUGAAUUGAAUCAAGCAGUGGAUACCGUCUGGCAGAAAGCCCAAAACGCCGACAGUGAAAUCAGGAGUUUGAUCGUCUCCUCGGACACCACUGGCAUUGACCUGGACAAUAUGCAGCAAGCCUUGAUCAAGGUCACCGGGGGCAUGACUCUGGCGCAGCGGGACAUCCAGGUGGCGCAGGCGGAACUCUUCGCGCUGGCGCAGAAGUUGGCGCAGACCGAUGGGGAGCUGGCGAACACCGCGAGGCGCUUGGAUGUGGUGCACGACUACUGGAGUGGCUUUAGCCGAGGCUUACAGGACACGGAACAUGAGGUUUUCGAGGGCAAGUCUGGGAUGUUGCUGAAGAAGGCUGAAACCCGGCCUCGUCAGCUACCAGCUUUACCUUCAUCGCCAAGGCCCCAUUCCACCAAUGCCCAACGGAUCUGCGAUCCAGGUGAGCCCAUGCCUGCAAGGCCAUCCACAUCCAUGAUGUGAGGCCGGCAGCAGGGCUGUCGUCUUAAUGCAGCUAUGAAUAGCUGGAUGGCUUGGAAAUGCUUGGAACUUCUAUGAAUAUCUUUGCAAUUCUUGGAGUCUCGGAAAAUCGCAGAUCUGCGGUGCUGCAGGUGACAGAUGCGUCAGAUCAACGGAGCAGACUGGAGAGAUGCUCUGACAAGGGCAAACCUACACAUUGCUUUGAGGCUCAAAGAAUUCCC